AUAACCAAUGUCGAGAUGACGUCAAUGGAUAGUUGAGUCGGCUGUUAUUAACGACGGCGACGAGUUAGGGUUCAUACUUCCUAAAGCGGCCAUGGAGUUACAUGAGAUCUCAAAGCUCGACAAUAAGAAGCAUCCAGAGAGAAUUGUUGAAUCGAAGAUGAAGAAGAGAAUGAAACCUUAUUCUCUCACGUCUCUUAACAAUCUCGACGAUGGUUGCCUUAUGCAUAUCCUCAGCUUCCUAUCUCCAAUUCCAGAUAGGUAUAACACAGCACUCGUUUGCCACAGAUGGAGAUAUCUGGCGUGUCACCCUCGCUUGUGGCUCCGUGUUGACCGUUUUGUCAAGGAUUUAUCUCAGCCUGGAGUUUUCCUCAACAUUGAGUCAGCUGUAUCUGCAGCAAGGUUUGUAAUAUUAUCAGUUACGUUAUUUACACUUCUUUGUUAUUCGUAAAAGGGUCCAUAAAUCUAACCAAAUUGUCACCUCUAGACCCGGCGAUACCAUUUUAAUAGUAGCCGGUGGGAACUAUCGCGUUUCUAAUAUUCAGAUUAAAAAGCCUCUUUGCCUGGUAUGUCUUUCAAAGAAUAUAUGUCUAGUGUAAUUGCUUGAUAUUUCUGAAAGAAUCGUUUAUAACUUUCUCUAGAAAUGGCAAUGUGAAAUUGGUCUACUUUCACAUGUUUCUUGAGUCUUGCCAAAAAAAAUUAGACUUCAAAAAUCGCAAGUAGUGAAAAAUAAUUUAUAGGACUUAGUAUAAACCAUUUAUACCAACAUCUGUGUAGUAUCCAAGAAACAUGUGAACAUAUGGUAACAUAUCUAUUCUCAUGAGGAUGGAGAUUCCAUUCCAUGCCAUAGGUCUCGGCAUCUGAGAUCAGUAUGCAUUGAAGAGAUCCAGAGAAAACAAUGCCACGUCUUAGGUACCAAAAUAGAAAUGAAAGAUAUCUUAAGCUUGCACACAAUUACUUUCAAUGCCACAACUGGAAACUAAGCACGAGCUGUUUGUGACAUGGACGUUUUAACGAGUGUUAAAGAACUAGAACUUGAUGACUAAAAUUUUCUUUGACUGUCGUGAGAACUCGAAAAAAAGAAUUCAGUUCGACUUCAAAGUCUUUUAUGCACUUGCCACCUACCUAUCAGUAAUGUUCCUUUUCUCAUACUGGGCAACACAUGGAAUGACUGUAAGCUGUAAUGAAAACUAUUGAAAGUAGACCUUGGUGUAUGAAUUAGGAUGAAAAGAUAGAGUUGCAGAAAUAUGAGUGAUUUAUCAUGAAUGUAUGGAUGCACACCCCUAGAAUACCUCAGUGUAGAUUAGGGGUUGGCUUAUCAGUGUCCCUAGUUUCAGUUAAGUGGAAGAAUGUACGCCUUGAGGUUGAAAGGAGUUCCUAAGCUAUUGAAAGUAGAUGCCUUGAGGAUGAUGUUGAUACAUAAGUCUCAAUGUUCGAUAGUAGUCUCAGUUUUAUAUUAUCUUCGCUUUGUUCAGGUCGGUGGAGGCGAGAUUCCUGA